AUGCUGCAUUGCCAAGUUUUCUGCAACCCUACUAGACCCGCAUUUUUGGGGGAUGCGCCCAUCACCCUGAAUGAUUUGCUGAAUCAAAGUAGACGGUGGUCCAUGGGCCUACUUGAUGUGGGCUUUUGUAAGCAUAGCCCAAUGAACACUUUCCACGCCCACACUAUUCUUUCUGGUCCAUUUGGUGUAUUCCCAUCAUCAUAUAUGCCUUCUUGCCCCAAGCUAGCUCUCCUCAACUCUUUCCAUAUCUUUCCAAAGGUCUUAGACACUUGGUUUUACAUGUAUGCAUUUCUUUUCCUCGGAGCCUAUGGAAAAGAUUUUCUCGACUUCAUGUUAGCAGGAGGAACAGCCCAAAGGUGGUGGAACAAUCAGAGAAUGUGGAUGGUUGGGGACUUUCAAGUUUUCCAUUUGGAAUGCUUACUCAAGUACCUUGGCUCAUCAACGUUUGUAUUCAACGUCACAAGCAAGGAGGUUGAGAAUGAACAAAACAAGCAAUACGAACAACGGAUUUUCGAGUUCAGAGUCACGUCCCCUCUGUUCUUGCCCAUUACAACAGCUGCGAUAAUCAAUUUGAUCUCUUUUUUUCGAGGCAUCGUACAGGUCUGGAGGUUUGGAAGCUUUGAAAAACAGUUUAGGCAGAUGUUCCUUGCCGGUUUUGUGGUGUUAAAUAGCUGGCCAGUGUAUGAAGGCUUAGUCUUGAUAACUGAUAAGGGAAAGAUGCCUAUGAAGGUCAAAAUUGACAUCAAUGACUCUUGCUAG